AUGGCGACGGAUCAUACAGUCCGUAUGUCAGAUGCGUACAAUGUCGAGCUUUUACCUAGCGACGACGAUGCGCCGCCUCUUCAAUCGUCUUGGCGACUCAGCCUCGACACUUUUCGUCUCCCUUCUUCUUCUUCGCCGUCCCGUCACGACGCUCGUACUCGCUUCUCUCGCUAUUUCCGUACUCCCAGAAAGGAACGUAAAGUCUCUGAAUACUACAAGAAGCAAGAGAGACUCCUCGAAGGUUUCAAUGAGAUGGAGACUAUCCAUGAAUCUGGUUUUGCAUCUGGAGCUCCAACCGAGGAAGAAAUGAAGAAGCUUGCAAAGAGCGAGAGACUAGCAGUUCACAUCUCCAACGCAGCCAAUUUGGUGCUUUUUGUGGCUAAAGUUUAUGCAUCUCUGGAGAGUAGAUCCAUGGCUGUGAUUGCUUCAACUUUGGACUCUCUCUUGGAUCUCUUGUCUGGUUUUAUUCUUUGGUUUACAGCUAAUGCCAUGAGUAAACCAAACCAAUUUCACUACCCGAUAGGCAAACGACGGAUGCAACCUGUGGGCAUCAUUGUGUUUGCUUCUGUGAUGGCGACUCUUGGACUGCAAGUUUUGCUUGAGUCAGGAAGGCAACUAGUUUCCAAGAAUGGUAUUCAUAUGAAUAGCACCGAGGAGAAAUGGAUGAUCGGGAUCAUGGUCUCAGUCACUAUCGUCAAGUUUCUACUCAUGCUUUAUUGCAGAGGAUUUCAGAACGAAAUCGUUAGGGCCUAUGCUCAGGAUCAUCUCUUUGACGUUGUAACCAAUUCAAUCGGCUUAGCAACAGCUGUAUUGGCCGUCAAAUUCUACUGGUGGAUUGAUCCCUCUGGUGCUAUACUUAUUGCUUUGUACACCAUAGCAACAUGGGCAAGAACCGUACUAGAGAACGUCCAUUCGCUGAUUGGACGCUCUGCACCGCCAGAUUUCUUGGCGAAACUGACGUUCCUGAUAUGGAACCAUCACGAAAAAAUCAAGCAUAUUGAUACAGUAAGGGCUUACACUUUUGGUUCACACUACUUUGUGGAAGUUGACAUUGUUUUGCCAGAGGACAUGAGACUGCAAGAAGCUCACAACAUCGGAGAGACCCUUCAGGAGAAGCUCGAGCAGCUCGGUGAGGUGGAACGAGCUUUUGUCCACAUAGACUUUGAGUACACUCAUCGUCCUGAACACAAGUGUAAUUAG